UUACACGGGGCAAUUUUUCCUCUCGGCUAGCUCCAGCCACACGGAACUGCAGGCAGAUUUCAGGCAAAAGUAUUCACAUGAUCGAGAGCAGCCACCGGCCCGCUGUCACUGCAUCAAAACAUAAACAAUCAAGAUGGAAUCCGACGACGAUCUGGCUGCUCUAGCUAUGAUUCUGCUGAUUUUGAAGAAAAAGCAAAAGAAGAAACGGUUGAGGACUCGUUCCUGGCUUGCGAGGAGUACAAGUAGAGAAGUGCAGUAUGUGAGCGGCGGGAACUCGAUAUUUCCCGUGAGUCUCUAUCCUUCAUGGGACGCUCCAUUUUCUUACUUUCUUCUGUUCCCAUUAUUUCUUCCACUUUUUAUUUUCUAUUGUUACUAUUUUUUCUAUACUUGAUGAAACAAGUGGAGGGGGUGAGCGGCGAGACAACCUCGCCUGUCUUCCUCGGGACCCCCUCGGCGGCAAUGGUGAGUCGCGGCGGCCGCCAAGAGAGGGCACCAGGUGCGCCACCUUCCUCGCCUCGCCAAAGGAAGCGCAAGAUGAGCAGUUCAGAGGAAGUGUCAUGGAUCGCCUGGUUCUGUGGCCUGAGAGGAAAUGAAUUUUUCUGUGAGGUGGAUGAAGACUACAUACAAGACAAAUUCAACCUGACUGGCCUCAAUGAACAGGUGCCACACUACCGCCAGGCAUUGGACAUGAUCCUGGAUCUAGAGCCAGCAGAUGAGGAAGAAGAAAUACCACACCAGAGUGACCUUAUAGAGCAGGCAGCAGAGAUGUUGUAUGGCCUCAUCCAUGCUCGAUACAUCCUCACAAAUCGUGGCAUUGCACAAAUGAUUGAGAAAUAUCAAGCAGGUGAUUUUGGCCACUGCCCAAGAGUCUACUGUGAAAAUCAGCCCAUGUUACCGAUUGGACUAAGUGACGUACCUGGAGAAGCCAUGGUGAAGUUGUACUGCCCUAAGUGUUGUGACGUGUACACUCCAAAGUCCUCUCGCCACCACCACAUUGAUGGGGCCUACUUUGGCACAGGUUUCCCCCACAUGCUUUUCAUGGUCCAUCCUGAAUACAGACCCAAGAGACCUGCUAAUCAGUUUGUACCACGGCUUUAUGGCUUUAAAAUUCAUCCUAUGGCAUACCAGAUCCAACAACAAGCAGCUGCUAAUUUUAAAGCACCAAUGCGAGCCAUCAAUUAUAAUAAUGGCAAACGUUAACUAGUGCAUUAUCAUGUUAGCAGUGAAGGUGUGAUUGUUUUUUAUAUACUUUGUUUUGUAGGUAGAAAUGAAUCUAAGUAAAAUUGACACAUAAGAAUGAGAAGGUUUAAGAAAAUAUCCUGUUCACACUUCUUAAGUGAAUAGUUUGAUACUUUGUCAACGCUAAACUUGUUGUGAUGGCUUAAAUUGAAGAAAUGACCAAAUCAUGGUGUAAAUCAUGCAAGUACUUAGUACAGGUCUCUCCUGCUAUAUAGAUGUUCAUCCAAGGAAUUGACCAGUGCAAUUUAUUCAGGAAAUUUUGUACCUCAGCUCUUAGUUCUUUGUAACUGUCUGCAUUCACCAAGAAAUAUGUAGCAGUUAGAAUUAAUGAGAAUCUUUUAUUUUCUUGAUCAUUUGAAAUAUGGUGUCUUCUCAUAUUUUUGAAAAUUUAUAUGAGUAAAUUUGAUUUAUUGCAUAAUUAGAUAUUUGUGUAAUAUACAUGAUUAUUAACAGCUUGGUUGCUAUAAGAAACUGGGAUUGUUGUGGCAGAAGAACAGUGAACAUUGAAUAAGCAUGAAAUGGUUUAUUCUAAAUUAGUGUUGAUUACUUAUUACAAAAAUUCAUAUUUGAUUUGAAUGAAAGACAAAAUAUGACAAAACUUAUGAUAAAUUAUUGUAAGAAAAUACAAGCAUAAUAAUUGAUGUAUAGCAAACUCCAUGAAAGUUUGUACCAGUGUUUAGAACACAUGAUUCAACCAAGCAAGGUGGCAGUACAGUGAUGGCAUGAAAAAAAGAAGGAAAAAAAAAAAACCCUGCAUUUAGUAACACUACUUAUGUGGCUGAAGUGAAGUGCUAUUGGAAUGAAGAGAUAUCCCACUAUAGAUGUCAAUGUUACAGUGAUGAGAAGCUCAAAGUCAUAAAGUGCUCCAAUAUAAACAUGUGGUGGUGUAGCAGCAAACAAGACCAUUUGGAGAAGGAUUCAAGUAAAGCUCACAUGAUGGUGUGCCACAGGGGGACAACUAUACAUUAUUGAUAGGGCGUUGUAGACAAAUGGGCACUAAGAGAAGUUAAGUUACUCUUGGAACAGAAGGCUUGGUCUCAUGCUCUCCUUUCUACAGAACUUAGCUGUUUCCUGGAAGUAGUAUAGCAGCCAAGAUCAUAUUCAGGUAUAUAUUGUGUGGUACUAUUGAUAUAUGGAUCUCUAAAGAUGGAUUUUGAUGGUAUCCUGUUCAGGCAACAAUAUCAUCCCUUUGUCACACAUAUUGUGUGAUAUAUUGUGUGGCCACAAGUACUAGCAAAUGGGGUGGGUUGUGGAUAUUGGAGUAUUCACAGUUACUGGGAUUGGCAGGAUUUGUCUUUGUGUACAACUAGUCAGAGGCAUUAGCCAAAGGCAUAUCACACUGAAGAAGGGUUGAAUGGGUGAUCAUCUGUAGUGGCAAGCUUGUGGUAGAAGGAACAUCACAGUAUUGUACUAUCUUCACAAGACAAGUAAAACAAUUGCAGAAAAGUAGGUGAUACAUGGUUGUCUAGUAGUUCAUACUCCCACUUGUAAUCUCCACUUUUAUUUUUAUUUAUUUAUUUAUUUAUUUAUUUAUUUUAUUUAUUUAUUUAUUUAUUUUUUUUUUUUUCUUUUUUUUUUCUUUUUUCUUUUUAACUUAAUGCUGUGUGCACUCAUUUCUUUUUUAAGGUGAGAACUGUGUUCUUCCCAUGUUGCAUGGCUUGCUGCCAUAGCCUACCAACUUCUACUUACUGAAACUUAGCUUCAACUACUGUCUUUGAUUUGUCUUACUUGUGCAAGGCGACAAAUUCAGCCGAUCAUAAUUAUUCUGUGCUCAUGUCCUAGGAAAAUAUCUGAGUCCUCAAGGAAAAAUUAUUGCUACACUAUUACUUACCUCUAAUUGUGUUCUGAUUCAGUGCCACUCUGUGCUAAUGUCCUAGGAAAAUAUCCGAGUCCUCAAGGAAAAAUUAUUGCUACACUAUUACUUACCUCUAAUUGUGGUCUGAUUCAGUGCCACUAAGACUUUUCCUUGUUUUGCUAGUAGGAGUCACCAUUCAUUUUCUAUCUAUAUUUUGACAUCUAUUCUGCCAGGGAGGGCAGGUUCUUCAGAAUGGCAUUCACUCAACCAUCUCAUUCCUAUUUAGUAUAAUGCAGCUUUCACUACCAUCCUAGUUACCCCCAAGAGAAUUACAACCAGUCAUACCACUCUGUAGCUGCUCCUUAGGAAACAGAUUCAUACAUGUCAUACUUACUACUUGUCAUUGUUUCCAUUCUGACCACAGAGCAUUUCUUCUGAUCUGGCAUCUUAGCAGCACCAUUUAAAUGUGUGUACAUACAAAAUAUGUAUGGUACUAUUGAUAUAUGGAUCUCUAAAGAUGGAUUUUGAUGGUAUCCUGUUCAGGCAACAAUAUCAUCCCUUUGUCACACAUAUAUUGUGUGAUAUAUUGUGUGGUGAAGGUCUUGCUUGAUGUAAACACAACAAAGAUGAUAUACCAUAAUAUAACAGACUGCUUAAAAUUCUGGAAAAAAGAUCCAUUUAUCUUUAUAACUGGAGAAGAAAAAGAAUAGUAUAAAUAUUUGUAAUGGAAAAAAUGGCACCAUGAUUUCAGACAAACUGUAAUAUUGAACCCUCGUGUAUUAUUAGAUCAGCAUGAAAGUCGAAGGUGUUGUGCUACAGAUCCAUAGAGUCAUAGGUUUUAUGAGUGAGGCAAGCAGCUCUGCAAUAAAUCUAGGGAUAUUCCUGGCUUUAUAAUGUCGGAUGAAAAAAUUAUAGUAUUGUCUAUUUUUGUACAAAAUGCAAGGCGAGCUGUAAAAAUAGAAAGAUUCUCUUUGUAUUGAUAAGUUGUCUUGACACAUAGUAUUACUCUAAAUUGAGUUUUAGAUAGAUUAAUUAAAUCAGUGUUCUCUUGUAUAUCUAUACUGUUUAGUAGGCUGCCACCAUCAUGAUCCUAGGAAUGAAACGUGAUUAUGGAACUUCCACUUUAAAAUAAUGACAUCAGUGAUGCAGUGUUAGGUCCUGAGGAAAUGCAUAGAUAUGUAACAGGAAUUUGCUAGUAAAAUGUGUUACAUCAGCUAUACUGAUUGAUGAUGACUGUGUUGUACCUGUAUCUUUAAGAAUAGCCUUUGGGGCUUGUUGAUUGACUGAACAUCUGGUAAGAUUCUGUUCAACACAGUCUACAUUUAGAUGAUAUAUUCAUCAAUAUAGAUUUAACAAAGCCAUUCAUUAUAUUACCAUAUUUAAUGCAAUUAUUCUUUCUUUUCAGUAAACAGGUUUGUUAUUUGAAGGCACAUCAUUGUUAUUUCAUGUUUUUCAUCGAAAGAUAUAAAAUAAUUUUUAGAUAUAAUGCUUUUCCUUACGGCCUGACUUUUUAUUGGUGUUAUCAUAUAUCAUUUUAUUUCAUAAGCCAUAUUCAGAACAGGAAUGCAAACUCUACAUUGCACGGUUCACUUUCCAUGCGGUUAUUAUUAAGAUUCAGGAGAGAAAUUGUUUUGUCACAUUUCAACGAUGACUACUGCACCUUUUUUGUACUCUCUCUCUCUCUCUCUCUCUCUCUCUCUCUCUCUCUCUCUCUCUCUCUCUCUCUCUCUCUCUCUCUCUCUCUCUCUCUCUCUCUCUCUCUCUCUCUCUUCGCACUGGAAGGGGGGCAUGUGAUUGCAAGAUUUAAUUCAAGUUAGUAGCAAUUGAAGAAUUCUCUGAGACUGACUAUUUUGAGCAGUAUUCAGCCAUGUCUACCAAACCAACAUGAUUAUUUUUCCUUUUCCUUUGCUGUCUUACAUCUUAAGUGUAACUUUGCCAUAUAUCAGGAGAGACAUGUACACGAGCAACUUUGGGAGUCCUUCAACAGGAAGGUUUUUCCAUCACAUUCCAAACAAAUGUAUUAUUUCUCACUUGGGAUAAUAAAAGGAAGAGUAUUCCUAUCUCCUCUUGUGUUAAUGUGAUGGCUAAACUAAUACCAUAUCCGUUAUUUAUGGUAUUUAUCAUGUCUAAGUUAAGCUGAACAGUAGGGUAUAUCUUAUAAUAAAAAUGUAAAUAUG